UCAUUCUCACAUUUCAUAUAACUCGAUUAGGAAGAAAGGAGGAAAGUUGGGAUUUAGAAAUGGAUCAAAAACAGAACAUAGAACAGUUCAAAGGCCAACCAAGGCUACCAAAAUUUGCCAUCCCAAAACGUUAUGAUCUUUAUCUCAAACUUGAUCUCUCUGCCUGUACUUUUUCUGGUUCAGUUCAUAUUAAUCUCAGCAUCGUGGAAACAACUAAGUUCAUAGUCCUAAAUGCUUGUGAACUUGUUGUCCACGAAGUCUUUUUCACCACCUCUCUCAAUCAUCUAAGUCAUACUUGCCUGGUAAUCUUAAGUACUUAUGCUGGUAAAGGAGUAAGAAAGAAUAUGGCAGUCACCCAAUUUGAAGCCCUGCAAGCAAGGCUGUGUUUUCCAUGCUGGGAUGAACCUGCUCUUAAGGCAACUUUUAAGAUCACAUUGGAUUUGCCCUCGGAGUUGAUUGCCUUGUCAAAUAUGCCAAUCAAUGAUGAAAAGAUCAAUGGGAAUGUUAAGACCGUUUACUUUGAGGAGUCUCCAAAAAUGUCGACUUAUUUGGUUGCUAUUGCAGUUGGUUUAUUCGAUCAUAUUGAAGAAACAACAGCAGAUGGAAUUAAGGUUGGAGUAUAUUGCCCUGUUGGUAAGAGCGAUGAAGGGAAGUUUGCACUAGAAGUUGCUGUUAAGUCACUUGAUAUAUUUACUAGGUACUUCUCGAUGCCUUAUCCACUCCCUAAGCUAGAUAUGGUUGCUGUCCCUGAAUUUUUUGGUGGAGGUAUGGAGAAUUACGGUUUGAUCGUAUACCGUGAAAAUGAGAUACUUUACACUGAUUCACACUCUACAGCUGCUAGAAAGCAGCGGCUUACAAUAGUUGUAGCACAUGAAGUUGCCCACCUAUGGUUUGGCAAUCUUGUAACAAUGGAAUGGUGGACUCAUUUGUGGCUUAAUGAAGGUUUUGCAACAUGGAUUAGUUAUAUGGCUACUGAUAUCAUGUUCCCUGAGUGGAAAAUAUGGACACAAUUUCUCCAAGAAAUUAAUGGUGGCUUGCGUCUGGAUGCACAGGAGAAAUCACAUCCAAUUGAGAUGGAGAUUCAGCAUGGUCACGAAGUUGAUGAAGCAUUUGAUGCUAUCGGCUAUAAGAAGGGAUCUGCAGUCAUCAGGAUGCUACAGGAAUAUAUUGGGGAUGAAAUAUUCCAGAAAUCUUUAAGCUUCUACAUAAGAAGGUAUGCUUGGAGCAACGCGAGGACAGAAGAUUUGUGGAGUGUCCUUUCAGAGGUAACUGGCAUUCAAGUAAACUCAAUGAUGGACAGCUGGACAAAGCAGAAGGGGUAUCCAGUUAUCUCAGUGAAAUCCAAAGACCAUAUUUUGGAAUUUGAGCAGUCACAGUUCUUGUUGUCUGGCUUUCAUGGUGAUGGACAGUGGAUUGUCCCAAUAACUUUGUGCUUCGGUUCAUACGACAGAAUCAAGAGUUUUCUUUUGGAAUCAAAAUCUGAAAAUCUGGAUGCCUCUGAACUAUUUCCCACUUCAGAUGAACAGAAUGAAGAUGAAUAUGGUGAAGCGUCAUGGAUCAAGGUUAAUAUUGGGCAAAGUGGUUUCUACAGGGUAAAAUAUGGAGAUGAACUCCAUGCACGACUCAGGAAAGCUAUAGAGAAAGGCUUCUUGUCAGUAACUGAUAAAUACGGCAUCCUCGAUGACAGAUAUGCUCUUUGUGUGGCAUGUGAACAAUCAUUAUCAUCUUUGCUUUUGUUGAUGGAUGUAUACAGAAAAGAGAGCGAUUACAUCAUUUUAUCGAAACUUAUCGAUGUUUGCUAUAAUGUUCUGGAGGUCUUGAGAGAUGCUAUCCCAGAAUUAACAAAUGCAUUGAAAGAAAUUUUCAUCAACAUCCUUCUAUGUUCGGCCAAAAAAUUAGGUUGGGAAUCCUUACCUGGUGAGAGUCAUUUAACUGGUCUAAUGAGGGGUGAGGUCUUGAUGGCCCUGGCUGCUUUUGACCAUGCUAAAACUCAUGAACAAGCAAUGCAUCGCUUUCAGUCAUUCUUGGAUGAUAGAAGCACUGAACUCCUUUCACCAGACACUAAAAGGGCUGCCUACAUUGCUGUUAUGAGGAACGCUAACACAAGUAGAGAUGGUUUUGAGUCCCUCUUGAAGGUUUAUAGAGAAGCUGAUGCUGUUCAAGAAAAAGAACAUGUUUUACGUACGAUGGCAUCCACUCCCAGUCCAGAUAUUCUUCUGGAAGUUCUGAACUUUUUUAUAUCUAAAGAGGUUCGAGAUCAAGAUAUCGUUUAUGGACUUCCUGGAAUAAGCUUAGAAGGGCAUGAAAUAGCAUGGAGGUGGAUGAAGGAGAACUGGAACUUCAUCGUAAACAAGUAUAAUGGAGGGCUCCUCACACAUUUUAUUCGUGACAUUAUAUCACCGCAAUGAGAAAGCUGAUGAGGUUGAAGAAUUUUGGAAAGCCGUGUGACUUCUUCAUUUGCAAUGAAUUUGAAGCAAACAUUGAGCAGGUUCGGAUCAAAGCAAGGCUGGUUGAAAGUAUAAAGCAGGAGCGGCAACCUCUUCAAGACCUACUCAAGCAAUUAGUUUGUAAGGGAUGAUAACUUCGGCUGUUAUCUCAAUGUAUAAUAUAUUUAUAUGUGCUAAAGCAUAAAGGCUUGACAUUUUGUCUGAUAUCAUGUUUUGUGGGUUAAGAUUGAAAGCAGGAAUGCCUGGAAAGCAUUGUCCAAGAAUAACAAUUUUGUUUCAAGCUUUCUAACAA